GGAAAACCCCUAAAUCCCCACGCCAAAAUCUCUGAUCACUCCAUUUUCUCUCGUCUCUUCGCUCUUUUUAAUUUCUCUCUCCCCAUUCUUCCUCUUUCCGCCCCCCACCGACUCGCUCCCUGACCCGCUCUGACUCGCCACCGACUCGGUCCCCGGCCGGUUCGGUCCACACCGCCAUGGAGAUCGCUCACGAGCCACCGCCUUCCCUCGACGGAAGCCCCUCCGCCGCCGCCGAUACUCUCGCGAAUUCUCCGUCGUCCUCAUCGUCUUCCCCUUCCUCCUCAUCCUCCUCCUCUGCCUCUUCGCCGCGCGGCGCGAAGAAAAAGGAGAUCGAAUCCACCGCGUCGGCGCCGUCGCCGGCACCAGCUCCGGCGCCGUCGAAGUUCGACGAUGAGGAGGAGGAAGAAGAGGACGUGUGCCGAAUUUGCCGGAAUCCCGGUGACGCCGAGAAUCCGCUCCGGUAUCCGUGCGCGUGCAGCGGGAGCAUCAAAUUCGUGCAUCAGGAUUGUCUCCUUCAGUGGCUUAAUCACAGCAACGCGCGCCAAUGCGAGGUCUGCAAGCAUGCAUUCUCCUUCUCUCCAGUUUAUGCUGAGAAUGCCCCAGCGAGGUUACCUUUUCAAGAGUUUGUGGUUGGAAUGGCAAUGAAAGCUUGCCAUGUUCUUCAAUUCUUUUUGCGCUUGAGUUUUGUGCUAUCUGUGUGGCUCUUAAUUAUACCUUUCAUAACAUUCUGGAUUUGGCGAUUAGCUUUUGUGAGGAGUUUAGGUGAAGCCCAGAGGUUAUUCUUAAGCCAUUUAUCGACAGCAAUUAUUCUGACUGAUUGCCUCCAUGGUUUCCUACUUUCUGCGAGCAUUGUCUUCAUUUUUCUCGGGGCCACUUCUUUGAGAGAUUACUUUAGGCAUUUGCGAGAAAUUGGGGGACAGGAUGCUGAUAGAGAAGAUGAAGUGGACAGAAAUGGUGCUCGAAUUGCUAGAAGGCCUCCUGGACAAGUUAAUCGUAACAUCAACAAUGGUGAGGGGAAUGGUGAAGAUGCUGGUGGAGUGCAAGGAAUUGCUGGGGCAGGUCAAGUAAUUAGAAGAAAUGCUGAAAAUGUUGCUGCAAGGUGGGAGAUGCAAGCAGCACGACUUGAGGCACAUGUCGAGCAGAUGUUCGAUGGUCUGGAUGAUGCUGAUGGAGCAGAAGAUGUUCCCUUUGAUGAACUUGUUGGCAUGCAGGGUCCAGUUUUUCAUUUGGUUGAAAAUGCAUUUACUGUGCUGGCAAGCAAUAUGAUUUUCCUUGGUGUUGUAAUCUUUGUGCCAUUUUCAUUGGGCCGUAUCAUACUCCAUUAUCUAUCCUGGUUCUUCUCAACUGCUAGUGGCCCUUUGUUGUCAGCUGUGGCCCCACUUGCAGACACAUCUCUUUCUCUAGCAAAUAUUACUUUGAAGAAUGCAUUAACAGCUGUUAAAAACAUGUCAUCUGAAACUCAAGAAAGUGGAUCAAUUGGUCAUGUUGCUGAAAUGCUGAAAGCAAAUGCUAGUGAAAUGUCAAACAUAACUUCUGCUUCAGCUGUUAUCUUGAAAGGAGGGUCAAUUGGAACUUCAAGGCUUUCUGAUGUUACCACUCUAGCUAUUGGAUAUGUUUUUAUAUUGACUCUAAUUUUCUGCUACUUUGGAAUUGUUGCUUUAAUUCGUUACACAAAGGGUGAGCCUUUGACCAUGGGAAGGUUAUAUGGCUUUGCUUCUAUAGCAGAGACAAUUCCAUCUCUCUUCAGGCAGUUUUUGGCUGCGAUGAGGCAUUUGAUGACCAUGGUUAAGGUUGCUUUCCUUUUAGUCAUUGAACUGGGGGUAUUUCCUUUGAUGUGUGGAUGGUGGCUCGAUGUUUGUACCAUUCAGAUGUUUGGGAAGACAAUGGUUCACAGAGUUCAGUUCUUCUCUGCAUCCCCUUUAGCAAGCUCAUUGGUUCAUUGGGUUGUUGGUAUUGUGUACAUGCUACUAAUUAGCAUAUUUGUCAGCCUUCUUAGAGGGGUUUUACGUAAUGGAGUUUUAUACUUUCUUCGGGACCCUGCUGAUCCAAACUACAAUCCAUUCCGUGAUCUGAUAGAUGAUCCUGUGCACAAACAUGCUCGCAGGGUUCUGUUAUCUGUUGCAGUUUAUGGGAGUCUGAUUGUGAUGCUGGUAUUCAUGCCUGUCAAACUUGCCAUGCGGAUGGCACCUUCGAUUUUCCCACUUGACAUAUCGGUAUCUGAUCCAUUCACUGAAAUUCCAGCUGACAUGCUGCUCUUUCAGAUUUGUAUCCCAUUUGCAAUUGAGCAUUUUAAAUUGAGAACAACUAUUAAAUCCCUACUUCGCUAUUGGUUUACUGCUGUUGGUUGGGCACUUGGUUUGACUGAUUUCUUACUGCCUAGACCCGAUGAGAGUGGUAAUCAAGAAAAUGGAAAUGGGGAGCCAGCUAGGCAGGAAAGGCUACAAGUAGUACAAGCUGGAGUGCAAGAUCAGGGUAUGGUGCCAUUUGCAGGCGAUGAUUUGAACAGGGCCAUUAACACAGUGGGAGAAAUGAAUGCUGGAGAGGAUUAUGAUAAUGAUGAGCAGUCUGACUCGGACAGUUAUGCCUUCGUGCUUCGCAUUGUGCUUUUACUGGUGAUUGCUUGGAUGACUCUCCUUGUCUUCAACUCUGCUCUGAUAGUUGUACCAAUUUCACUUGGGCGGGCACUUUUCAAUUCUAUUCCUCGCCUUCCCAUAACUCAUGGGAUUAAAUGCAAUGAUCUGUAUGCAUUUAUCAUUGGAAGCUAUGUGAUCUGGACUGCUGUUGCUGGAGUUAGAUACUCAAUUGAGCAAAUAAGAAAAAGGAGAUCUUCGGUUUUGUUUGGCCAAUUAUGGAAGUGGUGUGGCAUUCUUGUGAAGAGUUCUGCACUUCUGUCUAUAUGGAUAUUUGUUAUCCCAGUGCUUAUUGGGCUUCUCUUUGAGCUUUUGGUCAUUGUGCCAAUGAGAGUUCCAGUGGAUGAAAGUCCAGUAUUCCUCCUUUAUCAAGACUGGGCAUUAGGCCUUAUAUUUCUCAAGAUAUGGACUAGAUUGGUUAUGUUGGACCACAUGAUGCCGCUGGUGGAUGAAAGUUGGCGAGUCAAAUUUGAGCGAGUGAGAGAGGAUGGUUUCUCCAGGCUGCAAGGUCUUUGGGUCCUUCGGGAAAUUGUACUUCCGAUCAUAAUGAAGCUGUUGACAGCAUUGUGUGUACCCUACGUUUUGGCCAAAGGUGUAUUUCCAGUGCUUGGGUAUCCCUUGGUAAUAAAUUCUGCCGUCUAUCGGUUUGCAUGGUUGGGAUGCCUCUCUUUCAGUUUUGUGUGCUUCUGUGCCAAGAGAUUCCAUGUCUGGUUCACAAAUCUCCAUAAUUCAAUACGCGAUGACCGGUAUCUGAUUGGCCGGAGGUUGCAUAACUUUGGAGAACAUGCUGAGAAAGCAAAUGUAGCAGAAACUUCUACAGGGGAGCAGGAAGCUAUUUUACUAGGUACAGGUUUAAACCAACAAGAUCACGAAGCAGAUGUUGGACUACGGUUGAGGCACGUAAAUCAACAGGUGGGCUGAAUUGUAUUUUCAGGGAGGAAGGCCACUGUGUAGGUUGUGAAGCCUCGUGCUGACAUGGUUCAUGAAUCACUGAUGUAUACUCUACACUUGUGUUGGGUUAGUUAUAAUACCUCGUCAUGACACACCUGUGCUUAUAGUUAACGUUAAACAUUUUGUGCGUGUCGUUUAAAAUUUAGCUAAUAGGAGGAAAAUAAAAUUGUUGAUAGCGCAUUUUUUUUUCAAAGAAAUUCUUUGUGAAAUAGGGAAGCUGGUCUUGAUCGUCUGUCUGAGAUAUACUUAAAUAACAUAGUUAUAGUAGUUAAUUGUUAUGGUAAUUAUUUAUUAAUCAGUAAUGUGAUUGAUUCGGUGCGCUUAACUUCAAA